AUCUUUUCCCUCAAACACAAACAAGAAAGGCCUCUCAAAGAGCAAAAAAAAAUAAAUUAAGAAAGGCCUCUCUCUCUCUCUCUCUCUCUCUCUCUCUCUCUUCCAAACUAAGAUGCAUUCUGCAAGGCUCCCUCUAUACGCCCCCACACCUUCAAUCAAAACCACAAAUCCAAGCCCAAGGCUAUCAAGUUUUCACACAACAAGUGCACGGAAGUCCCAUGAUAAUUCUCUUGUAUGCAAAGCUUCUAAUUCUUCAUCAUCUUCUCCAAUCACAGACUUUGAUCUCUAUGAUCUUCUAGGCGUUGAUAGCUCAUCUGACCAAUCACAAAUAAAAGUGGCAUACCGAGGAUUGCAGAAGCGGUGCCACCCUGAUAUAGCUGGCCCGCCCGGCCACGACAUGGCCAUCAUACUAAAUGAAGCAUACGCUCUUCUCUCUGAUCCAACUCUACGUUUGGCAUAUGAUAAGGAGCAAGCAAAGAUUGAAGAGUUACGGGGUUAUACAAGCAAACCUAUGUAUUCAGUAUGGUGUGGAUCAGAGAAUGAACAAAGAGCCGUUUUUGUNUUCAGGCAAGAGGAACUCAAGACUAGCCUUAGUUCCCUAGAUGAAUAG